GUCAUGCAGAACGAUCAACUGCACAUAUUUUUUUCUCCCACAGUUUCUUGCUUCUAUCCAUUAGCUUCUUCUUCCUCUGUGACCAAGUUUACAGACACCUACUAUUUGACUCUGCCAAACCUGGCCAGACCAAACCUUGAGCAGCAUGAGCAGAGGAGCAAUUGUGUCACCUAACCUGUAUUCCCUUGUCCCUAGCACCCACAAACCUACCAGAAAAAUACAAGGCGGCUAGACCAUCAGAACCUUCACGGCCGCAAUAGUUUAGCCGAGUUGCGGAGUUGCAUUUCCCAGGCGGCCAGGUUCUUCAAACACGCGUGACAGUGACCUGUACCAUCUCCUCCUGUUUCUUCAUCCUUCGCUUUGAUUUAUAUGCCGUGCCUUUGCUGAACAGAAAAGCAGAGGGAUCAACACGCUUCCGGCAGGCCAUACACGGGCCCUCCUUGCCAUUUUGUCUAAUGGCAUGCAUAUCGCGUUCUUGCGGAUGAUGCGUGGUAUUUGCAAUUGCAAAUUACAAGUAGAGGAAGGCAACUGAGAAUUGGGGUUGCUUUUGCUUGCUCGCGUGGCCGUUUCAGAAUUGGCUCCCGUGACCUUGCGGAAAGCCGACGCUUUCUGUUAGCAUUAUCCACUGAGCGAGAUAGAGAUAGAGAUUAUCGGAGGUCGCUAGAUCAGUUGAGCAGGGUGUGUAGCCUAAGCGACGAUGGGUUCUUGCGUGUCGUCAACGAGGCAGCGGCGGCGGUCGAGGAAGCUGUCGGUCGCGGCGAGGAAGCUCCGGCGGAAGGUGUCCACGGCGAUCGCCGACGCGCCGAUCAUCCGCGGCGACGGCGACGCCGCGAGCUGCUUCGCCAGACACGAGGUCGUCCGCGUGGAGGCGCCGGUCUCGAACGUGAUGCUGCACCUCACGCAGCUGCAGUGGCAGCACAGCCAAAUGGAUGCAGGGAGUGUGAUUUGUGAGGAAGCAUGGUACGAUUCCCUCAGUAUCCUGGAGUCGAUGGACUCCGACGACGAUCUCGACAACGAUUUCGCCAGCGUCAGUGGAGAUCCUCUCCCUGACGUCACCGGCGGCACAAACGCGCCACAGGCGUCGCAGUGCAAGGACGCGGCGUGCUUGUCGGACGCCGUGCAGCGCCUCAGGAGCAUCGCAAAUGCAGAAACAUGUGAUGGUAACCCCGCUGAGAAGAGUGAUGACCCAAAUGCUGCUGCCGCUAACACUGAUAGCUGCAAAGCUGAGGAAUGCUGCACUAGUAGCCUGAAAGAAUUACAGAGCACAAUGUCGUGCUCGCCUCGGCCUUUCCCGCCAUCGAUUCCAAGCAACAAGGUCCAGCCGAUGCCGAUUGUCGGUGUCAGCCCGCAUCAGCAGAAGAAGAAAUCAGCUGUGGUCAGGCUCUCAUUCAGGAGGAGGUCAUAUGAGGGUGAUGAGAUGACUGAACUGAGUGGUUCUGCAAAUUAUUUGUACCGUCCGAGGGCGGGUUUUAUGGUGCCGUGUUCGACAGGAGAGAAACUGUCAGAAGGUUGCUGGUCGAUUCUUGAGCCGUCGACAUUCAGAGUCCGCGGAGAGGGCUUCUUCAAGGAUAAGAGGAAAUCCUCAGCUCCAGACUGCUCCCCCUACGUCCCCAUUGGAGCAGACAUGUUUGCCUGCACAAGGAAGAUACACCACAUUGCGCAGCACCUCGCGCUUCCGUCUCUGAAGACUCAUGAGACCUUUCCUUCACUCCUCAUUGUGAACAUUCAGUUGCCCACCUAUCCUGCUACAAUGUUUGGCGAGAACGAUGGCGACGGGAUAAGCCUAGUUCUGUAUUUCAAGCUAUCUGACAGUUUUGACAAGGAGAUUUCUCCUCAAUUACAGGACAUCAUCAAGAGGCUUGUGAACGAGGAAAUGGAAAAGGUGAAGGGGUUCCCAGUAGACAACACUGUGUCCUACACAGAGAGGCUGAAAAUUCUGGCCGGUUUAGUAAACCCUGAAGACCUGCAGCUCAGCACAGCUGAGAGGAAGCUCGUGCAGACCUACAACCAGAAGCCAGUGUUAUCACGUCCACAACACAAAUUCUACAAGGGUCCAAAUUACUUCGAGAUCGAUCUCGAUGUGCAUCGGUUCAGCUUCAUAUCGAGGAAAGGGCUCGAGACCUUACGAGAACGGCUGAAGCAUGGUGUUCUUGAUAUUGGCCUAACCAUUCAGGCACAGAAGGCUGAGGAGCUGCCUGAGCAUGUGCUGUGCUGCAUGAGGUUGCACAAAAUCGACUUUACCGACAACGGGCAAAUACCAACGCUGAUAACGGCAGCUGAUGAGUAAAUUCUCAUGUCUUCACUGCAAGGCACUAAAAGUGUCGUAGAUGUUCUUUGAGAUGUUGCUGUAUAGAUCGGCAGGUAGUUGUAGGAUAUUCUAGUUUCUGCACUAAGGGCUGCACAUAGAUUCGUGUAAAACGGUAAAUGCUUCCUGAUUGGCCCAAAAAAAAAGUGGAGAGAAGACAAUUGGAGCA